UGUAUAUUUUUUGUAAUGUUUAGACUUGAUAAUAAUUACCAUGAAAUAUUUCAGUUGCAGAAUAUUGCUGCCUACAGAGCUAAAUUAAAGUUACAGAUGCCACCCAUGAUAGAAGUUCGUGAACCAGUUGAUGAAGUCUUAUCAAAAGAUCCAGAACUUCAAGGUUUUUUAAAUUGUAAAUUAGUUUUCACUGAUAUUUCUCCUGGAAUAUCUGCAAAGGAUCGAAUGAUAACAGUUAGGGAGACAGAUGGCACACUUCGAAAAGCAUCUUGGGAAGAAAGGUCAUAUAUGAAUCAAAUUUUUUUUCCUGAGCCAGGUCGAAGUUUAGAAACUCCAAAAUUAUUUGAAAGCCCAUAUCUUGAACGACUUCUUGAUGAAGAAUCGUAUAUUUUUGUUUUGGAUUCUGCUUGUAUUCAGUUUGAACCUGAUGAUCCUGAAUACCACAGGGUUACACAUGAAACGUAUGACCAUAUAAGGUUAAAGAAAAAAUUUGACAUUUUAAGGUCUACAAGACAUUUUGGACCAAUGGCAUUUUACUUUGCUUAUGAGAAAAACAUUGAUGCAUUGUUAGUGGAUAUGAUCGAAAGACAGUUAAUAAGUGAUGCAUUUGACACUAUUAGAUUACUGUACAUUUUACAUCCAGAAUUAAAACUUUUUGAAAAUAUUGAUGAAGUAAAUGAGUUGGAAUUUAUUCAGGACUAUAUCAACAGAAAUACUUCAUCUGAAAAGGCCAAUUUAGAACUUGCAUUUCAAACUUACUUAGAGAAGCAAACAAGUGCUGAGAAAGAAGAAUCUGUUAAUUAGUAUUGUUUAAAAUAAAAAAAAAAAGUUAAGAACUUUUUUUUUUAGUUCAGUAAGUUAUGUACAUAGUAUAUUUAUGAAAUAAAACUUUCUUAUCGCUUUA